AUGAACUCCAAACUACUCACCAAACAGUCCUUCACCACAGCCCUCCUCGUCCUGGCCCUAAUCCAUUGCUUUACUCUGGCCAGCGAACCCAAGAAGCAGAAGCAGCUCCAGAUCGGCGUCAAGCACAAACCGGCGGAAUGCCCUAUCAAAACGCAAAACGGGGACCAUCUAUCGAUGCACUAUACCGGAACGCUUGAGGACACUGGCGCAAAAUUCGACUCCUCGCGUGAUCGAGACCAACCGUUUGAUUUUACCCUUGGCAAGAAACAAGUGAUCGCAGGAUGGGAUCAAGGCCUAUUAGAUAUGUGCAUCGGCGAAAAGCGUAAACUGAUCAUUCCGCCCCACAUGGGCUAUGGGGAUGCGGGUGCUGGAGGAGUGAUUCCCGGUGGCGCUACUCUGGUCUUUGACGUUGAGCUUCUCGAUAUCACCAACAGGAAAGCCGAUCCUCACACAGAGCUAUAG